AUUGAAAUAAAUAAUGGACGAUUUAAGUUGCAAUUUUCCGAAAAGAUUUACAAAAAGUAAGUUAAGCAACCUAAGUAAAAAUUUAUGUACUGAGAUGAGUACAUCAAGUCAUAGUUGUUGAUGUACUGAGACGUCAUCAAAUCAUUGUUGUGAGUCAGAGGAGGAGGAACCACAUUCUACAAUAAAUUUAAAAGACAUUGAUUUUCAAACUUUUAAUAACGCUAAAACCUGCAAUAGUAAUCCUAUUAGUAUUAAAUCUGCCAGUCUCAUUUCUAUUACAAAAAGUAACUUUUAAUAACGCUAAAACCUGCAAUAGUAAUCCUAUUAGUAUUAAAUCUGCCAGUCUCAUUUCUAUUACAAAAAGUAACUAUAAAAUAGAUAAAGAGAAAUCUCCAAGAUGGACUUAGAGUAAUGAAAUGAUAGAAGUUUUAUUGGAAAACGUAGUAAUUUAUAAAACUGAUAUGGAUUAUAAAGGUUUAGACUUUGAAAAAGAUUUGCCUGCCAUGUAUAGUUCUGUUCGAGAAAUGAUGGGACAGAUGUAUCCACCAGAGGAUUUUGGGCCUUUUAAAAUACAACCAAUAGAAACUAAUCAUAUUUCAACAGAAGAGCUUUUGGUCUUAAAACGAAAAAUUGAUAAGCAAGAAAAACAAAAAAAGGAAGGUUACAAUAGAACUAAAUCAAAAAUAAAAGAGUUAAGAUCUGGUUACAAAACAGCCAUCGAUAAAGGAACACGAUCUGGAAGUGGUUGUUUGGUUCAAGAACAUUUUGAAAAGUUAAGAGAAAUAUGGAGUGGUUCACCUUCUGUAGGAGCUAUACCCCAUGGUCAUUCCAGUUUAAAUCUUACGAGUGAAUCAAAAAUGGACAAUAUGGUUAUUAAAGAUACAAAGCGAGAUAAAAUGAAAAAGAAACUGUCUGCAUACCAACGGGACAUUAUGCAAUUAAAUCUAGCAAGAGAGGAAAUAACAUUAAAACGCAGUAUAAUACAAGCAAUGGAACAAUCUUCAAAACAAACUCAAAAUACUAUUGAAGCGAUGGCUAAUUCAGUAAGCUCCAUUGGUGACAAUAUAAAAGAGGGCCUUUCCAUCUUAGCUAAUUCUUUUAUGCAAAAUCAACAAAUGCAGUGGUCAAACUACAAUAUAGUUCAUGCAAAUUUGCCAACAAUGUCCAAUAGCUUUUCAUCACCAUCGUUUCCAAAACCACUGUAACACUGUUUUCUGUGUCAGUAAUCUUAUUGAUAAUAACUUUAUCUUGAUUUUGUUUUGUUUAAAUAAAUAAAAAAGUAGAUUUAACAAAA